AGAAUGUGGUACGACAACUAUAGCCACACGAGGGAAAGCAGUGCUACCCUAAAUCCAUAUUUUGAAGAAAAUUCCUGCAUGAUGCCAAUGGCUACCUCAACGGCUGCAGUGACGUCAUUAUAUAAAAAUCAUUCUAGUCUUCAAGAUAGCAUGGGCACGCUUUCAACAACAACACUCAACAUGCCAUACAACAAAUACUAUACUAGUGACGUUACACGAAGUCGUUCGAGUAGCAGAGCAACGGAUUACGCCGAUUCGAGUACGUAUUACGAUCAAUACAUGAUGGAACCACGUCCUCAUACUGCGAUGCAAAUGCAGUCGACGAUGAGCUAUGGGGAUUAUAGCUUUAGCGACAGUAAUAAAAUACCAUCAUACAGUGAUUCAAUAUCGAAUGCGACAACAUCGGCUUAUGAACAGAAAUUGCAAGAUUUACAAAAACGCCGCCAAUCAAUUAUUCUUGCAAUGACCACUGCAUCGGUUAUAGCUAGCGGUGAAACACGUAUUCCACAACACCUUUUAAAAAAAUCUGAACAUUCUACGAAAUCAAUCGCAUCUGGGACAUACUCUAGUGCAAUGGAUUAUGGACUAACAACAUCAAAACAUCCUAACUCUUUCGAUGUCUCUUCAUACUCAUAUACCAACAGCGGAUACACCGUCAACAGCAAUACUGAUUCCACUAAUGAUUUGAAAUCUCGUUCCUAUACAACUGUAAAAGCCAGCAUUGCAGAUGGCUUAUCUUCUGUACCCAUGGCUGCUCCUACAACACUUUUAUUGUCCUCUUCAUCUCCGAUCGUCUCAUCCGACAAUAUAAAGUAUAUAAGUGACAUAUCGACAACAGGAACAUCAGCAUUUGAACCAUCUGUCCCAUCGUAUGGAAAAUUGCCAAAGAAAUUACCCAAUACGCCUCAAACAUUGAGUAGAGGCAAAAGCAAACAAUUGCCUCAAUCACCCACUGCGGCGCAAAAAUCCUCAACGAUUGGUUUGCUAACGAAUUCCCCAAGUAUACUAGAUUCUAAGAAAGAUAAUUUACUGAUUAGUAGCUCAAAUGCACCUAAACCAUAUUUGCCAAUCGCUCAGAAUGAUGUUUCAUCACCCUCAUACUUAAACCAAAUUUCAUCAUUAGACCAAACAGCGCUAUCAAGUAACAUUUCAGUCGAUAAUAUUGAGAAUAAUAGCAAGCGCCUUGUGUUUAACACCAACUAUAGGGGUAAUUACGAUAAUAACUUUAAUCAAAACAACAAUUUUUACGACAGUGAAAUAGGCAGCAGCUACUAUGAUAAGUUUGCAGAUGAUUUCAGACCAACGUGUGACAGUGAACAUGUUGAUGAAGGACUAUCUGACGAUUUCGUAAAUGAAUCAGUCUUAGCGCCCACAUCACCGUCCAUGGAUCACCUUCGCCCGGAUCUACCUGAAAAUAUCCGAUCGUCUGCUAUGAUAUCAGAUGCAUCCAUCUUACCAGAUACAUCAUAUAAGUUUGAUUCAGAAAAGUUCGAUCCAUUAACAUCAACUACAUCCGUCAGCACAAUAUCAGCUAUAGAUUUACCAUCUCGGACGAAAUAUUCUUCUAUUGAAAAAGAACCAACAUAUAUUAACAAAUCCCAGCCAACAUCAGAUGCCCCACGUACGGAAUCGUUGACAAUAUCCCAAUCGAAAUACGCGGAUACAAUCGAUUUCAUAUACAAUAACGGCGUCGAUAAAAGUACAUCCUCUGAAAUUUCUCAUUCCGUUCCUAUCUCAUAUCAUAAUGUAGAUCAUGUAGAAUAUUCCACAUUGUCAUCAUCAACCAUAAUGUUUCCGGAUAUUACAUCGACUUCCGCAUCAACAAAAGACGCUGAAUCUGUGAAUAGUACAUACAGUAAGCCUUUUGAUGAUUAUACAACAUUUAAUGCCGACAGACGCAGUAGUUUCAAAAUAUUGCAAAGUGAUAGUUUUAGUUGUAGCGAUGUAGAUCUUGCCUCUUACACGUGUUCGUCCACCACAACGUCAAGCCUUACAACGGUAACUGUAUCAUCACCCAUGAAAUACAAAACGUUACCAUCGUCAGAUUAUUUAAGUUCUACCCCAACCACUGUAGCUAGUAUAUUAGAAGAACGUUCUUGGGAGCCACCUUCAUAUUUAAAGUUAUACAGUGAUACCUUCGAAGAUUAUUUAAAUUCUACAAAAGAGUUUAGUUUGACCGCAACUACAGCUACCACAGUAUCCGAUUCAGUAAAGCCACAGCUUACCGAAUCACCACUAUCAACGAAAUAUUCCCUACCGAAAAAUUCAAAUUUCUUAGGAGACUCUGAUAGUGAUGUUGCAGAGGUUAAAACAUCUGAUUCAAACCAAACAAAUGCCGAUGAACCAACAUCCUCAUACUCUUUCACCACCUUGACCAAUACCGAAACUAUGCAAUCUAAAUAUUCGGAAGCUGAUAACUUGAAAAAGAUUCCAUCGAUCUCUCCAGCUUUAUCUUUCGAUUCAACCGUUACGGAUACAAAGGAAUUACCAGCAUAUAUAACUGAUUUCCUUUUUACAUCUUCCCUAAGCGAUACAAAUGACUACUUCAACACAUAUAAAAUAACAGAUACUGACGCCAUAACUUCGGCCGAUCUAAAUACUACCGUAAAAGACGUGGGUAAUGAAAACGAUUUUGCAGAUUAUUUUAGUACAUUUUCACUAAUAAAUUCUGGAGAAAAUACAACGAGCAUUGAGACAACAUUAUCUCCAGGAGACACAAAAAAAGAAAGGGAUGAUUUUCCAGAAAAUGAAAAACUAACAACAACAUCAGAACCAGUUUCGAACGCCAGCGAAAUCGGCUCUACAUAUUCAUACACUACGGAUACUGGGCUACCAAAGGUCGAUUUCGAUGAUAGUUUCUAUAACAGUUUUAAUGUCGAUCUUACAUCACUGAUUAUCGACACAUCAAGCACUACAACGACCGCAAUCUCUACCAGCGAAUCUAAAACUAUUUUAACUACCACAAGUACCAAUAAUAGUGUCCCAACCACGACGGCUACCACCAGUGUAUUAGAUGUACAGGGUACUCAGGUCAUAUCUACUUCGACUAUUGUGGUUUCUACGUCCUCUAAUUACUCAGACGAUACUAAAAAAUCUUUAUAUAGUACGAGUUCUAUUGGCAGUAGUGAAUCUACCAUUAGUGGAGGAUACUAUAAACCACCGACAGUAAAUUCCGUCACUUCAAAUGCGGCUGCUGCUUCAAAUGCUACUGCUGCUUCCGCGGUGAGUAAAGCCUCAAGCAUGUUUGGUGGACUAUCUCAGAGCUUAAAAGGGGGACUGGACAAUGUGCUGGCGACCGACAAUGCCAGCAGCAGUGAUUCGCAACAGUCUACAACAUCAAAAAAAGGAUUUGGGUUUGGAUUAGCUUCCAAGCUGGUGCCUAACGUUGGCAGUUUAUUAGCGGCUGCCACGAAAUCUACAUCAGCUCCCCCUGUAACAUCCACCCAGACCACAAAUACCAACGCCAUAUCGUCUUCGAUCACCAUUUCAAAUGAUAUACUGUCUAAGCCUGUACAAGCUGAUUCAUACGACCAUCUGAUUACAAAAGAAAAUUACAACACCUCAUCAUUAAUAAACGAGACAACGUGUAACGAGGAAAUGUACAACAAUAAUAAUUUUACGAAUGGGUUUAUCAUAAACAAUAAUUACACAGAAGAAGCAAAUGCAUUUAAUGUCGUCUCGGCAAUGAAUGAAGAUACGUCUAUUAGUUCAGACUAUGAUGGUAUACAUGUAACAAGUCAAGAAAAUGAGUACUGUCAGGUAACGAAUAGUUACGAUUAUCCCCAUGAUGACAUGAAAAUGGCAAAUGUCGUUGAUAAUUCAUAUUUUGAAUAUUCAACUUUUGCCGACAGUACUCAUUGUACUACUGCAAAUGAUUAUAAUGAGUACGAUUAUGUUACAGCUCCGAGUGGUUAUGCCAACGAAUCGAAAUUCGUAACUAGUUCCACGCCACUAAAGUCAGAUAUUGUGGCGAGUGCCACAUCCACAUCAAGUGCUAAAAGUGCUACCAGUUCUAUUCUACCUUCAUUGACAAGCAUUACAUCACAUGUAUCAAAACCAGCUCCUGCAAAUACGACCUCGAAAUCAAGUGGUGGCGGUGGCGGAAUGUUCGGUUCCCUAUUUGGAAAAGCUGCAGUGGCUAUGCAAACUGCGACUCAAGUGCUUAACCAAGGUGCAACUAUAGCUAGUACGAAGGUCCAAAAGAACAUGCAAUCAACGAGUGCUCCAAAUUCGCAAGAUGGUAGUGUAGUAUCUGAUGCUAGGGAUAAUACACAAAAUUUAAAGCAACAACCACAAUCAGGCCAAAUAUAUUCAUCUUCUACAACAACAUAUUCAUCUUCGCAUGCAGUUCACACGAAUGAAAAAAAUUAUAUAAAUGGUUACACAAGUCAACCUGAAAUAAUCACAACAUCGCAACAACAAAUGAAUAUUGUCGAUAAUGACAGUACUCAAUAUGCUAACGGUAAUCAGCCCCCGAAAUCUAUAAAUCAGCAAGUUAAACUAUUGCCGACUGUGCCAACAGCUGGAUCCACUGGCAAAAAACUGCCCAUCAUCAAUGGUAAAUCGGGAGUUUUAAUAAAACAACCUGCAGAGAUUUACGAUGACAGCGAAGACGUUAUACCUUGCAAAUCUCUUCAGCUAAAGCGUACGCCGAGUUACGACAUCGAUAAUGGACAGGAUGAUUACUAUAUGGAUGUCCAGCACACAGCACAAUCGUCGACAAUACCUGUGUCUACAAAUGCUUAUUAUGAACACGCUAAUGGAGGUUAUGAUUACCAAGAUGAUUAUUUUGAGGCAGAUGAUGAAUAUAAUACCAUUAAAAAUACGGAGAACCAAGAAUCUCAUAAAAUUGCUCCUACAAAGCGAAAAUCUUUACCUCAUGUGCCAGAAGAACCUGAAUAUCUGCAGCAACACUCGAACGAAAAUACUGAGAACUACGUUGACGAUUUAUGCCCUAGUGAUGGCAGUGGCAAUUAUGAAGAAAGUUCAAACGGUAGUGUUAAAAGUUCUAAUCACAAUCAACAACAGCAGGCAAAAACAACAAUGACUGGCGCGAUACAGAUGGGAGAAAUGCAUGAACCUACAACAACCAUGUCCAACCAACAAUAUGGACACCAACAUAUGAAAAAACAGGACAGCAUUAUAUUGGAGGAGGAUGAGGAAGAUGAAAUGUCGUCUAUUGGUUUACAUGAUACGGUUGGUUCGCCUUCGAAAUCACUAAGUCGAAAAUCUAGCAAUAUCGUUAUGAACGACGAAGAUGAUGAGUUCCCAAUGAAUGACCUGCAAAUUGCCACAAAAAAUAUGUCGGGAAAGAAAAAGUUAAUGCGCGGUGAGACAGAAGAAGUUGUAAGCGGACAUAUGCAAAUUUCGAAGAGAAAACCGGAAAUAACAGCCAUUAAGCGUUGGCAUUGGGCUUAUAACAAAAUAAUAAUGCAGCUUAACAAUGGAAGCGGUCCUGGUUCGGUAGGAAUGCGAAUCAAUGGGCACCCUGGAGACAACCCUUUCUACAGCAACAUUGACAGCAUGCCAGAUAUAAGACCACGACGAAAAUCAAUACCACUUGUAUCUGAAAUAACGAUGGCAGCUAUAAAACGCAAUGCUGGCCUUACUUCUGCUGUGCCAAGGGCCACAUUAAAUGAUGAAGAGUUGAAAAUGCAUGUGUACAAAAAAGCUCUACAGGCGCUAAUAUAUCCAAUUUCUUCAACAACCCCUCAUAAUUUUGUUCUUUGGACAGCAACCUCCCCAACAUACUGUUAUGAGUGUGAAGGUUUAUUAUGGGGAAUAGCUCGACAGGGUGUUCGUUGCACUGAGUGUGGCGUAAAGUGUCACGAGAAAUGUAAAGAUCUUUUGAAUGCCGACUGUCUACAAAGAGCUGCCGAGAAAAGUUCGAAACACGGAGCAGAAGAUAAAGCACAUUCUAUAAUAACUGCCAUGAAGGAGCGUAUGAAACAGCGCGAGGAAGAAAAGCCUGAAAUAUUUGAGUUAAUUCGUGCUGUUUUUAACAUAGAGGAAAAAAGUCAUACAGGUCAUAUGAAAGCAAUGAAACAGAGCGUAUUGGAUGGUACCAGUAAAUGGUCCGCCAAAAUAGCCAUUACAGUGAUAUGUGCUCAAGGCUUAAUAGCGAAGGAUAAAAGCGGUACCAGUGAUCCAUACGUGACCGUUCAAGUUAGUAAGGUAAAGAAACGCACACGUACAAUGCCACAAGAAUUAAACCCAGUUUGGAAUGAAAAAUUCCACUUUGAGUGUCAUAAUUCCUCUGAUCGAAUUAAAGUCCGUGUAUGGGAUGAAGAUAAUGAUCUUAAAUCAAAACUGAGACAAAAACUUACUAGGGAGUCCGAUGAUUUCUUAGGUCAAACUAUAAUUGAAGUCCGUACACUGUCUGGUGAGAUGGACGUGUGGUAUAAUUUAGAAAAACGCACUGACAAAUCCGCAGUUUCCGGAGCUAUUCGUCUGCACAUAUCAGUUGAAAUAAAAGGCGAAGAAAAAGUUGCCCCUUAUCACGUGCAAUACACAUGCCUACAUGAAAAUCUGUUCCAUUAUCUUUGUGAGCAAAACAAUGGCAUGGUUAAAUUGCCGCAGCAAAAGGGUGACGAGGCUUGGAAAUUGUAUUUUGAUGAAAUUCCUGAGGAAAUAGUCGACGAGUUUGCUAUGCGUUACGGCAUAGAAAACAUAUACCAAGCUAUGACGCACUUUCAUUGCCUAUCAGCCAAAUAUUUGUGUCCCGGGGUGCCAGCAGUUAUGAGUACACUAUUAGCAAAUAUAAAUGCAUAUUACGCGCAUACAACAGCUUCGUCCGCGGUUUCUGCUAGUGAUCGAUUUGCUGCAAGCAAUUUCGGAAAGGAGAAAUUUGUCAAAUUGUUGGAUCAAUUGCAUAACUCUUUGCGAAUCGACUUGUCAAUGUACCGAAAUAAUUUCCCCGCUUCUAGCCCCGAAAAACUAAUGGAUCUGAAAUCUACAGUGGACUUACUAACUAGUAUUACAUUCUUCCGGAUGAAAGUACAGGAACUUUCGAGUCCACCACGAGCAAGCACAGUCGUUAAAGAUUGCGUUAAAGCUUGUCUUAGAUCCACUUACCAAUUUCUUUUCGAGAACUGCUACGAACUUUACAACAGGGAAUUUCAGGUGGAUCCAAACGAGGCGAAGCGUGAAUCUGACGACCAUGGACCAAAAUUGGAUAGUGUUGAUUUCUGGCACAAAUUAAUAGCGCUGAUAGUCUCAGUGAUUGACGAAGAUAAAAAUAGUUACGGAGCUGUUUUGAAUCAAUUUCCACAAGAACUAAAUAUAGGUCAACUUUCCGCUGCAACAAUGUGGAGUUUAUUCGCAGUAGAUAUGAAGUACGCAUUGGAAGAACAUGAACAACAUCGAUUAUGCAAAUCGUCCGCCUAUAUGAACUUACAUUUUCGAGUUAAAUGGUUGUAUAGCAACUACGUUAAAGAGGUUCCCCCUCAUAAAGGUGCCGUACCAGAAUACCCAGCGUGGUUCGAGCCAUUCGUCAUGCAAUGGCUUAAUGAAAAUGACGACGUUUCGCUAGAAUAUCUUCACGGUGCCUUUAAUCGCGAUAAAAAAGAUGGAUUCCAAAGAAGUAGCGAGCAUUCUCUUUUUUCAAAUUCGGUAGUAGACGUAUUUACACAACUAACACAAUGCUUCGAUGUUGUUAGCAAGCUCGAGUGUCCUGAUCCAGAAAUAUGGAAACGUUACAUGAGACGCUUUGCUAAAACUAUCGUGAAGGUGUUAAUUGCUUAUGCUGAUAUUGUUAAAAAAGAAUUUCCCGAACAUACAAAAGAUGAAAGGGUUGCAUGUAUUCUUAUGAAUAAUAUUCAACAACUGCGUGUGCAAUUGGAAAAGAUGUUCGAAUCAAUGGGUGGCGAUAAACUCGAGGAAGAUGCCGCCAACAUUCUUAAAGAGUUGCAGCAGAACCUUAAUUCUGCGCUUGAUGAAUUAGCAUCGCAAUUUGCCAUUAGUCUUGAGCCUCGUAUUACGCAGUCAUUACGAGAACUAGGCGAUUUGUUGCUAGCAGUUAAAGGAAAUUCAACCGGCGAUAAAAUUAAUAGCAACGUUGUCGCUGUGGAGGCCGAUGAAGUUUUGCGGCCACUAAUGGAUCUUUUGGAUGGAUCCCUUACACUAUAUGCCCAGUCUUGUGAAAAAACUGUUUUGAAGCGACUUCUGAAGGAGCUAUGGAAAAUCGUAAUGCGCACAUUGGAGAAAACCAUUGUCCUACCUCCAAUGACCGACAAAACAAUGAUGUUCAAACAUCUUACAGACAAUGCUAAAAACCUUGCAUCUAAUGCGAAAAUUGAAGAUAUGGGCCGCCUAUUUAAGUCUCACAUGGCUGGAAAACAGGACGUCAAAAGUGCUUUGAGCGGUGUCAUGGACAUUUCAAAGGAAGUCGAAAAAAAUCUGUCACCAAAACAAUGUGCAGUUCUCGACGUGGCCUUAGACACUAUAAAACAAUACUUCCACGCAGGCGGAAAUGGUUUGAAGAAAACGUUCCUCGAAAAGUCUCCCGAAUUACAAAGUUUGCGCUAUGCUCUGAGUCUUUACACACAAAUGACAGACACUCUAAUAAAAACGUUUAUUUCAUGUCAAAUUCUAGAUCCAGACCCAGAGGAAGAAAGUGUUGGUGAAAUAUCAGUACAAAUUGAUUUGUAUUCUCAUCCAGGCACCGGCGAAUUCAAAGUAAAUGUUAAAGUUGUUGCCGCCAACGAUCUUAAAUGGAAUAUACCAUCAGGAAUGUUUCGACCUUUUGUUGAAAUAAAUUUAAUUGGUCCAAACUUACAGGAUAAAAAACGCAAAUUUGCUACUAAAUCCAAGUCAAAUAACUGGUCUCCAAAAUACAACGAGUCAUUUAAUUUUACUAUUGGUACCGAGGAACAACUAGAUUUUUUCGAAUUACAUAUUUGCGUCAAAGACUACUGCUUUGCCAGAGAUGAUCGCUUGGUUGGUGUGGCUGUUAUUCCGCUUAAAGAUAUCUUGGAAAAGGGUUCUCUUUCCAGUUGGUUGCCAUUGCAGAGAAGAAUCCAUAUGGAUGAGACCGGUUGGACCAUUUUGCGCAUACUCUCUCAACGCAAUAACGAUGAAGUCGCCAAAGAGUUUGUGAAGCUUAAAUCUGAAAUUAGACAAGAACCAACUGCAGGCACUUAAAUAACAAACAAUGAAUAAAGUAUAUUACAAAAUAUAAGCAAACAUACGGGAAAUAUCAUU